AUGGUGUCAGCCUCAGCACAAUCACGUCGGGAUUUGGGGUCUACCGCACACGGCAGGUUGGUACAUCUUACCAGCCUCAUCGAGAGCCUAGGCAAGGCCCUCGGUGAAGUCGAUACACGUAUAAGUCGGCUGGACACCAUAGCCAAUCGAACCGCUAAGCUUCAAGCCAUCCCACCCAUUUUGUUCAAUCUCGACAACAUAGAAGCAUGGAUUCAGGGAUACGUUUACGAGAAACGGGACCCAUAUGACCAUCCUAUCGGUGACACGCCUCCAAUUACCCCGGAUAGUCUCGAGCACGGCGAACUACUGUUAGGAAGAGUCUCCAAGUUCGUUGAUUAUCUCAAACUCGACAGCCAAGAAAAGAGGCACGACGCGGCGGCGACGAUAAUCCGCGCAAGAAGCACCCUCGACCACUAUACGACGCUGGCAUAUACAAAGAGGUACCUCCUGCACAUCGAGCAGAGACUCUUGCUAUCCUAG